CUGACCCGAAACAUCACAGUCGCACCCUACAAUCCGUGCCGUCGACUCUGCAGACCACGUCGAACAUGUGGCGUACAAUUGAUUCGGCUUGAGUGUCCCAUGUUUGCGCUACGAGAAUUUCAUAGCUCUUCUGGUCAAAUGUCAAGCUAUUGCUGAGCCAGCUGAGGUAGUUUGGCAACGACCGGUCUCAGUCUCAUAAUGAGAUUUUCACUGGGAACUUUGAUGCCAAAUGUGCCAUCAUCGUGCCAACUAGAGUCUGGGUUGCUUUAAUGAACGAUCAAAGCUGAGGAAGCUUGCACGUGAUGUAUACAACGUAUCAAACGAGGGUCGGUGCGAAGAGUGAUAUUGGCGUUCGCUCAACGGUUAAGAACACUCAUACAAACAACAUAAAAGACGAAAAUGGUGGUAUGGUGGACAAAGUUACACCGCUGAAUGGGACGGGGAAAAUGAGAUAUGGCGCAGAUACAUAUCGAAAAGGCAUUUCUUCCAUCAUCUACCUCCAUCUUAGGAUAAAAUCAGCAAGGAGCCAAUGA